UCAUGAGACAGCAUUGGAACAUAACGCAGGGAUUAUCAAGGUCGAGGCGAAAAGCUCGAAGACCUCUCGCGUGUGUUCGAGCUCUUCGAUGUCGACAGAUCAGAUCGCAUUGGUGCCGGCGACUUUGCUUACAUGCUCUCGUGGCUCGGCUUCACGUGGGCCCCCGCGAUCGCGAUUGGAAGCGGCCGCCGCUGAACGAGAGGCGCCGUGGAGGUCUACGAGGCGGCGGAUACCGACAGAUCGGGGAGCUUGAACCAGCGCGAGUUCAUCAUCUGCGCGAGAGGAGCGUGCGCAGCUGGGCUCGGAGGUGGGGAAGAUUGCCCAGGUGAUCCGAGAGCGCCAUCAGUGGCUCUGAAGAUCGCAUCCGUCGCACUCGUCUGAUGCAGGUGCUCAAGGUGCUCGGGUGCACGAGUAGUCAGGAUAUUGGGCGGUUCUUGACGCCAUUGCGGCUGAUCUUGUGGCCUUGGGUGGCUGCGCCUGAUCCUGGGCACAAUUUGAUCCGCGUGGGCACAGUUGGCAAUGCGAGCAGGCGCGCAAGGGAGCCUCGCAUCCCUCUGAGCUGGGCAUCCCUCGCAGGAGCGCGUUCUGGACCAGGGAGUCUUCAAGGAGACAUCCCUUGGCAGGCUUCCUUUGGCGCAUCCCAAGUAAGUUGUAUCCCCCUGCCCCUUCGCAUUGCCCAGUUCGACUGCAGGGUGGCCCAGCCGACGACGGCGCGAGGUUGACAUCGGCCAAGUGCAUGUGCCCCUGGUCCUGCGGCAGCUCGGCUUCGCACGGCCUCCUUUCUCAGGAGCGGGUGGACGUGAGCUGCACGGGUAGGAUUGACUCCGACAGUGCCGCGGCCUCGGGCGGCCGCGUACGUCCUGGGCCCGUGGCCCGUACGGCGGUCCCAGCGGUCUCGGGUCGGUGCCUUCUCUGGCUGGUGGUCCCAAAAAAGUCCGCACAGAAACUCCAGCGGUCCUGCGGUUGCCGCGCGGCGGACCCGCGUUACCAGGGUUGUCAAGACUGGCCGCUGAUUCCAUGGCGACUGGACUGUCUUUGCUCGAGGGAGUUUGGUUCAAGCCAUUCGGUUAAGCUCUCGCCUUCGAAGCUGUCGAUUGUUUUCGUUUGUGCGUUGAGUGAUGCGCACUAGCUAUGCCCAGUUUUGUGCAGCGUUUGCAUCAACAUUGGCUGCUGGACAGAACGAUCAACAUUUAUGGGAUGAUUAUGCGAAGCCUACACGCGAACUUACGGCACGGUGGCGGAUUAAUUGUUGGAGAUGCCCCAGAGUUGAUACAGUCGGAUGGAUCGUGGGAUUUGCAAUCUCUCCUCGCUUCACAUGGGGAGUUGAUCGUCCGGACGUCGCUCGUUUCCAAGGUAAGCAACGAGGCGUUUCCAGCAGAUGGACCUUCCAUGCGCAUCAAAGAGUUCGUGGAUCUCAAUUCGACGAAGUAUUCGGUUUUCCAAAAGUGCGAGGAAGGCGACAUGUUUGCCUUCAAUGUUUCAGCGAUUCCAGCAGAGCUUGAUAAGCUCAUCAUCCUGUCCAUGGCCAAAGGAGGCUCGAGCACUGCUUUCCACAAUCACGGUGUCGCUGCCUUUUUCCUUGUAAGCGGCAUCAAAUUAUGGUUGCUUGCAAAACGCAUACCCGCCGCCAUGCAGCAUGUCUUGGCCUACCAGACUGGACAUGAGUUGCUUCAGCACCGAGAACACUUCGACGAGUGGGGCGUGACUGUCCUGCUGCAACGCCCUGGCCAGAUUGUGGUGGUCCCUUACCUCUGGUACCAUUCAACAAUAAAUCUCGAAACGGCGAUAGGAGUGUCUUAUCAAGGGGAGUACAACAUCACGAGUGGCACGACAGACAACGAACAUUCUUGCAUUGGGUCGUUUCAGGAGGGGCAGUGCUCACAAGCGUUUCGCAUAUGUACAGGAGAGAACCCAUAUCAAAUUCGAUAUUGGGAGGAAUGUAUUGGUAGCUGGGACCCCACCGAGGCGCGUGAGCAUUUGCAGGAGCUCGAAAAACAUAUACUCGCCACUUCAUGCAUAGACUGCGAAUAUGAAUGGACUCGUGUGGCUUUCAUGUGGGCGAGGUUAGAUGUGAAGAAAGCGGUUUCGUGCCUUAAGCGAGCUUUGAAAGCAAAUCCAUCCUACAUCCAAGCGUUGAUGGGGGCAUUUGCGCUCACGAAUGACGAGAAAUUUGAGAAGAAGCUGAAGAAGCUGUACGGCAGGUUUCCCAGUACCCCCCCGCUGCAAGAUCAUUUCGAACCCCGCGCUGAGCCAGAGCUGUAGAGCUACGGCUACGGGCGGGCGGAUUGGUUUUCCCGUUUUCUGUCCCUUCUGCUUCGCCCGGUGGCCUGAGGCUCACAUUGUGGGGCUCCCAGUGCGUGCACCCGCUGAGCAAAUCCUACCCCCCUCCCCUCCUCCCUUCUUCCUCGCAGGGUGCCGCAGAGUAGGGAAGACCCUGACUAUACACCGAUACCGAUCGUGUCGAGGCCGCUCUUAGGCCCAUGAUCGAUUUGUUACACGGCGUUUUCCCCCCACACCAGUCUUGGCCCAGGAUCGGCCUGGCCAGGAUUGGCGUUGACAUUUGGCGUCUUCCAACCCCAGCGCCUGUCCUCGGCUGAGUGCUGCGGCAAGCGUCUUCGUACCCCAGCGCGCCCGCCGCCUCUGCCCUCGCGGAGAGCGCCCUGUCCGAAGCGCCGGGCACGUUGAGCGCGCCUUGCGUUGCGCUGCGCUUUUGUGUCGCGUGUCUGUUGUUCCUCGCCAGGCCCCGUAAGGACUCCAAGCAGGUCGUGAGGGCCCCCUGCUCCGGGUCGGACGCUGGGGGGAGCGAUAGGAUUCGCUAACCCCCCUUCGCUAACCCCCUUUCGUCGACCCGACUGUUGCCGCGGGAGCGCUGCCUGUCCCGAGUCGCGCCUCUGGACGUCAGACAGUGCGCCCCGGAGAGAGGCUCGGACGUUCGGCCUGGGGGCGUCGGCAGCCUGCAGAGGAAGGUGCAGGUCGCGCGUAUUACUGAGAGAUUGUUCCUCGCAUUGCCUUGGCCGAGCGCUUCUUCAGCAGCUUCCACUGAGCUGGUCCCAGUUUCUGACUCUCCUGUGCGUGCACGCGGCCCGUACGUGCAAGGCUGGGGAUCUGGCCAGAACGCCUGGCGGGAGAUUUCAUUAUGACCAGAUCUCCAAGCGUCUUGAACAACAAAAUUGCUGGGCUCUUAUUUUUUUAUCAGCACCCUUCAGUAGGGGCUUCUUACCCAUUGUCCUCCACAUUUU